ACUGCGGAAGCUGCGUCCAAAAAGUUUUUUCUUGUUUUCACUUCAGUUUCUUCGCUGUCUGGCGAGUUCCUUUUCACAGUUUUUAUGUUUCUUACAGAGGUGCUGUUCAACUUCUAACGCCGAAGAAAACCUACGGAUCUCAGGAUGAGUGCUGGAGUUAAGAAAAAUAGAGAUGGUCUUGUGGAAGAGUACCAGGCCAACCUGGAACAAAGGAUUCAGCAAGGUGACUGGAAUCUGGUGUGCAGGGAUGAAGACCUGUGCAAAGAAGUGGAGGGUCUUCUUUCCAAAGGGGCUGCCCAGGACACCCACUCCCCACUUGGGCUAGACCCACUAUCAGUGAUGGAGACUUCGCUUGAAGCGUUGCCCUCCACAUCAGGGCAAACUGGGCUCGAAAGACUUGCUAAGGCCUUUGAAGUGCUUGAGCUUGCAGCGCUAAACCUCUAUGUUUGUCCGUGGCGGAAGGAGUACAGAGUGGUGAAGACGUUUUCAGGUAUGUUCACCCACUGUGUAAAACCUGGUUUGACAUCACAGCAAACUAAGGAGCUGUUUGGAUUACUAGGAUACCAGCCUAUGGGCAUUGGUGAAGAGGAGGAGCUGAGGCUGAGUUCUAAACCAGUACAUGCAGACUCUCUUCUUCAGCUGGCUUGUGCUUUCUUCACUGCUCGUAUAGAGUGUCGGCUGCUGCUUUCCUGUGUAGCUCCUUUCGGCAGUUCUUUGGAGUGGGAACUGCAGCUCGUUCGGGAAAGGAAGCGUGGCCACAGCCUUCAUAUAGCACAGGACAGUGCAAAGAGAAAGAUAGAGUCUACUCCACAGAGCUCGGAGCAUGAUAUGACAGUAGAUCUAGAUCUAUACACAGAUGACCAUCUGGAGCCUGGAGAGCAGGCAGAGACCAAUCACAUGACUGCACCACCCAACUGUACUUACACUCCCCCCAAAGAGUCUCAGUCAUUACAUGGGACAUCUCACAGUAACACUACGUCAUCAAAGAGGGAGAAUGAUGAAAGCACUAGUAAGGCAAAGGCUGUCUGUGUCACAACAAUGACUUACCAGAUUAAUCCGAAGUCCUGUCUAACAGAGUUGAGUCCAAAGCCAUUGAAAACUUCUGAUUAUGAAAAACAAGUUGCACCAGGAAGUGGUGCCCAGAUCAGCUACCUGGAGCAAGGGCAUGGUUUAAGACAGGCACAGCAGGACAGAAUGGAUGUGCUAUCACACAAAACACAAACUGAAAUUAUACAAGGCUGGGAAAAACCCCAGAAAAAUAAGCUGAUGAAGCACCAGUGUGUGGACAAAUCUGUUGCCCUUGUCUUCAUUGUGUGCCACGACUGUCAUUACAUCCAUGAUCUCGCGUGUGAGGACCUUCAGUACUGUAAAGGUAUGAAACAUAAUGUGCAAACUACAGGAGUGAUACAGCCACCUCAAGGGGAAAGGGGUGUGACAGCAUCACCGCAGAGACACACUUGUCUUAAUGAAAAAGAUCACAUUUAUGUUAUCUGUUAUACUUGUAACAAAUCCCACGACUGCCUAUGUGAGGAAGCACAGAGGUGCCAGGCUUGUAGUCAUUUGGUGCAGUACUUGGCGGAAAUGAACAAAGAAGAAACAUACACACUUUCUAAGCCCAUGCCUCUUCACCAGUGCUGUACCGUAACACAGCCUAGAUUUGCUUGCCUAACUUGCAAAGUUUUCCAUGCUGUUUCCUGUAAGGAUGAGCAGUGUCUUGGAAAGCAUGAAGUGCAGGAACUAAAAUCUGUGUGCUCAAGAUGUUCACACCCUAAGCUUUACACACUGUGUAGGUUUUGCUGUGCCCAGUAUUGCAAAACCUGUUGGUUUGAAAACCCCAUGGAGUGCCAGUGUGGCAAUCCUUUUUUGGACCACUCCUCAUCUGUUUAAAAUAACCAAAACUUUAGUACUUAUGUUGUUGUUUAAAAAGCAUGUUGCCAUUUGGAAGAUAUGGCUAUAUAUAUUUUUUUUCCUUAUUGCCACAACUAAAUCCUUUUGAAAAGUUCACUACAAAUGAAAUCCUGAGUACUGCCAGAAGAUUAAACAGCCAUGAACAGUAAUAUUUUAUAUAUGUAUUGUGGUUUAGACCACUGUAUUACAGAUACACAGAAACUCAGACUUUGUCUUAAUAAGUCAUGUCAUUUGUUGUCUAAUUUGGGAAUAUUUUAUAUAUUUUUAGGCUUGCGUUUUUAUUUCUGUUUUCGCUUUUCUUCAUAAAAAAUAUGGUGUCUAUGGUUUGUGCAACUGUUUUGCUGGAAAAGAAGUAAUUAAAUAAAUUGCGGACAUGCCAAAUUGUUAAUUGUAAUUAUUGAACUAUAGUUUGAGUGUUGUCUGUGGCAUAAGGAAAUGAGAGCUAGCUAUUACAAAUUCCAGUUCAAAAACUGAAGGAAAAAAAAAGAAAUUGUCAUAAUCUGAUGACAGAUAUUUACUUUGGGGGAAGGACGUAGAAGGACAGAAAUCAUGGGUGAAUACAUGAAUAUCAUUUUUCAUUUUCAUUAUCAUACACUUUUGUGGGAGUGCCAGAUGAUGAACUAAAGUGUGCAGUAUUUACAGAA